AUGUUUUUUCGGCGGCAGCCCUGUUCCGGAUAUGGAUUUGAAACUUCCCUGCAACUCUGGUGUUCACCGUCCAUACCCAAAAGAACUCAACUCAUUCACAAGUUUCCAGACCACGAUCCCGGGGAUUUCGAAAUACUCGGUUUCAAGUUCUUCCCGUCAAAAUACUUCUCUAACCGCAACAUCCGAAAUGCAAAUGAAAAAUCAGCGGAAUUCCUGAAACACACCACCGUCGUCGCCCACAUCAUCAAUGGAAUCUCCCUGCAGACUGGUCUUCUCAAUGGGAAUAUUUCGAUUGACAAUGUAGUUGGAGAGCUUCUUGGUUUCGGAAAUGUCCAAUUGCCAGCUGUCAUCAACUUCAAACCGGAUGGAAUCAUUGAAUCGGCAAAGAAGAUGAAGAGUAUUCGGGAUUCAAUUGAUGACAAUGUGAUGGCUGUGAUGACUCAGAUAUUGGAAUGGGAUAGAUGGAUUGCCAAUGCGGGGACCAUUGAAAACACUGAUUUCACGAAGCUUCCUGGUGUUUCUGAGUACUUCAAGGAAGUGAAAAGUCUCAAUGCCGGUUUUAACUUCAGUUUUAUAAGCGAAGCUAAAAAAGGAUCAGUUGGAGUGAGUGCAAUGCUUAAUGCAAUCAAAGGAAAUGUCGAGGACAGCUCAUUGACAGAGAGUGAUUAUUUCUUAGUUAUUGGAAAUAUCAAAUCAUUGCGAAUUCGCUUCAAUACCUCUGUUGCUGCUAUGAAGCUUCUGAAAGCAGAGUCGGAAAAGUUGAUUAAGUUGAAAUGGGUUAUAGGUAAAGAAAAUCCGUUCAAACCACUACGAACAGUCACUCAACUUAUGGACAAUCGUCCAAAACUCAAUCCAAUAUUCGAUUCUUCUCACGUCUUGAAACUCAAAACCAGCAUGCAGAAUGCUCUAGCUUCAGUCAAAGACAUGAAAACAUCAGCAGAUGAUACCUCACUUGUCACUGAGUUGAUGAAAAGUCGAACACAACUGAAAGUGAGAAAAUACACAAUUGGAUUUCCAAAUGGUGUAUCCGAGCUGAAAAAACUGGUGGACGAUGUUCGUGACCCGUGGAUCGGAAAGAUUCUGAAUCUCGAAACAUCUCAACUGCAUGUAUUGUCUGAUGGUCUGCAGCCACUUAUCGAUAUAAAUGAUAAGUUGAGUAAAUUGGAUGAGAAGUUGAAACCAGUUGCAUCCAAUAAGUUGUAUGAGUCACUUCUCAACUUCAGAGAUAUUCUGAAAGACCUGGAAGGUAUGCCAGCUGAUUCGAAAGAUUCAAUCGAUGUUCUCGAAAAGUAUGAUAGUUGUAAAACAGCUGCAAUAGAAUCGGUAAAAACCACUUAUUCACCCAUCCAAAACUUUCUCACCGCUGUGGAUAAGUUGAAAACAAAACUGAUGAGUAUAAUCCAAUCGAUGGAUCGGAUCGAUGUGGACAAGUUGAGUCAAGAGUUGACCGAGUUCACUUAUAAACUUGGUGUCUCGAAAAGUGACGGAAAACCACCUGCUGAUGACAAAGUGCCAGAGAUAAUUGCGGAGUUGAAGAAGACUGAUGAUCUACAAAAGAUGCAGAAACGAUUCCAAGACUUUACGACUAUGUUUGAAGGUUUUGAGGGUGACAAACUCAGUACAGAGUAUCAAAUGAAUGUCACAGCUGGUGAAUCCUUAAUUAGUGAAAUCAACUUCCUCGAUGACAUUCGGAAGGAGAGAGAAGUGCAGAAAUGUCUGAAAAAGCUUUCUGAUAAGUCGACAAAAGUCUUUACGGCAGUUCGAACACUUCAUAAAAUGAAAGAAGUCGACAGUGGCACUGUCUCAGACGUUGAAUCAGCUGCCAAAGCGGUUUCUGAAGUUUCGAAACAUCUAACAACUGUCAACUCAAUUCCUGGUGACAUGAAGAAAAAUGUCAAUAAUUUAACAGAAGAAAUCAACGAGAUGCCGAAUUCAGCGACUCAUUCUGAAGCAAUCGGUCAAUCGGUAAUGUCACUCAAAUACGCGUAUAGAAUGAAAGAACUUGAGGCGGAAAUCGGUCAACUCAAAGCUGUUGGAGCAGUUGUCGACGUAGAACUUCAGAAGAUUGUAGAUUCAGAUGAGAAGCAGAGAAUCGAGAAGUUGUGGGGUAACCACAAAAAGGAUAUCGAUGAUCUGGAAAAGUUGUUGGCUGGAAUCAAGUCAUUUGAUCAAAAACUUGAUGUGUCUAAAGCUGGAACAAUGGCAGAUUACGGUGCUCCUUUGAAAGAGUUGGUUACGUUCAGUGAUAUCAAAAUGGAAUUCAAUGAGAAGUCGAAAGCUCUGAGAGCUCUGAUCACUCAACCGAACAUCGAUCAGAAAGUCAAAUCGGAUCUGGAAAAGGCCCAAGAGACACUCGAUAAGUUAUCGGGUCUCGAUCUUCAGUUCUCCAGCCACUCGGCUCAAUAUACAAGUGCUCCGAAUGGCUUCCUGGCUGUUCAGGAUUUCUUGACCAAAUUCUUGUCCAUUGAUCGCCACCAGAAAAUCAUCAACAAGGAGGAGGCAGAUCCAUAUGUUCCCUACUAUGUCGCCGCCGGGAUGCUUCUUCUCGUCAUCGCUCUCGCAGUCAUUGGAUACUUUUAUUAUAAGAAACGUGUCGCCAAGAAGGACGCCGGCUUGACUGCUAUCCUCGCUUGGAUCAAAGACUACGAAUUCCGUGACAAGUUUGAUGCGACCGUGCACUACAAAUACUACAUCAUAUCUCUCAUCAGUGUUUUCGUUAAUUAUAGACAGGGGUUCGGAUGGUUAUCUUUGAAAAGGCAUAGAUCUUCUAAAAUGCCUAUCAACAUUGAUUCUGCUCUCCAAACAAAGUAUGAUCUAAGAGAAAAAAAAAUUCAUGCGAAUGCAUGUGAAAUUUUGUGUGGAGAUGAAAAAGUAAUACUCUACCUAACACAGGGACCACUUGAGAAAACAAAGAAAAAAAAGAAGCUUAUUCAUCAUGAUACUCGUGCAGACUUCUGGGAAUUGGUUCUGGGAGAAGGCAGUGAAUAUAUUGUUAUGCUCUGUGAUUUUGAGGAAGAUGGAAAACGCGUGUGCGGUGAAUAUUUCAAGAAAAAGCUAAAUGAAGUUAUCGUAAUUGGAAAAAGAUUCGAAGUGAAGACGACAGAAGUUAAACAGUCGGGAAAGACUUGGAUUCGGAAGCUGGAGAUCACGGACAAAAGAAAACCGGAACAAGCCGCCCAUAAAGUGACUCACUAUCAGAACUUGACUAUUCCAAGCAACCUCGCUCCAACGGAACACCAAGAGAUGAUUGAUAUCAUUCGGAUAGUAAAAGAAAGCAAGUCGGCGGCAGAGGAGAAAUUGCCGACAUUAAAUUCUUUGGUUACUGAGGCAUUUAAACUUCGUUGGAAUUGUUUCGAUAUGAAAUACGGUGACCUUAUGAUUCAUUGGAUGCUACUCGGUGCCGUUUACAUGCUUUCUUUGGAUUACAAAAACGAUAUCCUUGACAGCAAGUACAAUAAAAUGAAGAAGAUAUACAUGGAAACGCGAAAGAUGAAGUUGGUUGAGAGAGGAAUACUUGAUAAUGAACCGAUAGAGAGACCAAGAAAAUGGUGGCAGUUUUGGAAGAGUGGAAUGACGGCCGAUGAAUUCAAUAAGCAGAUGCAAGAUUGCGAAAAGAAGAUUGUCGAUUUUGAAAAUGAUGAGAAAAUACGUCGGGAAAAAGCAAUAGAAGAAGCUGAGAAUGCUCCGGAACCAGAAUUUGAAUACAUUCCCGCUCCUCCAAAUCCUGCCAACCAGAAUGCUCCGAAUCCUGAUGCUCCGAAUCCUGCCAACCAGAAUGCUCCGAAUCCUGAUGCUCCAAAUCCUGCUCCACCAGCCAACCAGAAUGCUCCGAAUCCUGAUGCUCCGAAUCCUGCCAACCAGAAUGCUCCAAAUCCUGCUCCACCAGCCAACGAAAAUGCUGCCAACCCGCCAGCCCAGCCAAACCAAUAA